AUGCUUAAAAUGCACAUUAAUCAAUAUGGCAGUGAAAAUGAAGAGAGACGGCAGAGAAGACGGGAAAUGGCGGGAAAGGAUGACAAUGAGCCGCCCGUCGGAGCGGACGCGUCGAAAAUUGUGGCGCCGGCGCGAAAACCGUCGAAUGAGUUGAACAAGGAAAACAAGGAUGAGCAUCCGGGCGCUGAAAUCAAAGAAGUGAAAGACGACGCGAAAGAGGAACUCGCGCUGAAAACCGCCGUCGGCCAAAUUCUGCCUCCAGAAGAGGAAGAAGCUUCUGGUUCGAAUGCGAAGCUCUCCAAAUCGGUUUCCGAUAAUACCGAUAAGCUGAGAUCGGUGAAGAAGCGCUCGAAAAAGCGGCGAUCCGUCAAAAAAUCGUCGUCGUUUGAUCGGUACCGCGCGAUCGAUAAGAGCGCUUCGUCGCGGAGCCGCAAGAAGUCGAAAGUGCGCCACAAAGAGUAUCAGCCGAUGAAGAGGGACGCGAGCAGUUCGGUGAAGAAGCGCAAGAAGAAGAAGUCGAUUGGCAAGAAGCCGAAAGAGGAGACGAUCCUUCGGCAGAUAUUCAACAAAGCCAAAUCGACGUUCAAAGUCAAAAUCGACAAUCGACUCGGCGACACUUAUGUGCCGAUUUCGGACGAGUUCGACAAGGAGCCGGACGUCGAGCCGGUAUUUGAGCCCGACGAGGUCGUCGCGCAUGAUGGUCCGCCGUUGAAUAAUGAGAAUAAUGGGAAGCUGUUCAUCAAUGGCCUGCCGUUUUGGUGUAUUAAAGACGAGAAGCCGCCGCCGGAAUAUUCGUGCAAUUUUGCCGAUUUGGUCAAGGAUGUCGUCGACAAGAAGAUCAAGCUGCUCUCGGCGCUUCCUGAGCCUAAUGAUCUUGAUCCGUACCAUCCGGCGGAUUAUUUGAAUUCGAGGGAUCGGGAGUAUUUCAGUGAUCCGAAACGACUUCUCACCAAUACGAUUCGAUCAUUGGUUGGAUGUAAUGGCGCUGUUCAGGAGGAGACGGCAAAAUCGAGCCGUAACUCGAUGACUUCAACAAUUACUUGGGUUGUACCAACACAAAUCUUGAUUUAUAAUCGAAAAUGUCGGACACAGAAGGCAUUGGCGAAUCCGUUCGUGCCUGGUCAGAAUUUGAGGAAGCGAAAGAAGAGAAAGAAGAAGAAGAAUGGGAAGACGGCGAACGCGUUGACGCCGCCUAAUGCAACUUGA